AUGGCCGUCACUGAGCAGUCUGAGCGAAAUGAUGAAGUCGUCAAGUCAAGUGAAGCAUUUGUCGCUCCUCAAAUCAAUACAUUUGGCCAAUCAUUCAGGGAUUAUAAUGCAGAAAGUGAGAGGCAGAAAGGUGUGGAGGAAUUUUACCGUUUGAACCACAUUUAUCAGACGUACGAUUAUGUGAUGAAGAAGAGAGAGGAGUACAAAAAAUUGGAUAAAGUGGAAAUGAGCAUAUGGGAAUGCUGUGAGCUCUUGAAUGAGGUUGUGGAUGAGAGUGACCCAGAUUUGGAUGAACCCCAAAUUCAGCAUUUGUUGCAAACAGCUGAGGCAAUUCGAAAAGACUAUCCGGAGGAAGAUUGGUUGCACCUUACCGCUCUCAUUCAUGAUCUCGGAAAAGUUCUUUGUCUUCCCAAGUUUGGAGGAUUACCUCAAUGGGCUGUCGUUGGAGACACACAUCCUCUUGGGUGCGCUUUUGAUGAAUCCAUCGUUCACCACAAGUACUUCAAGGACAAUCCGGACUCGAAAAACCCUGCGUACAAUACCAAGAAUGGAAUUUACACUGAAGGAUGUGGACUAACAAAUGUGAUGAUCUCUUGGGGUCAUGAUGACUACAUGUACAUGGUAGCCAAGGAAAAUGGGACAACUUUGCCGGAGGGAGGACUGUUUGUUAUCCGGUAUCACUCAUUUUACCCUCUACACAAGGAAGGUGCAUAUAAACACCUGAUGAACAAGGAAGACGAAGAGAAUAUGAAGUGGCUCCAUAUAUUUAAUAAAUACGACCUCUAUAGCAAGAGCAAAGUUCAAGUUGAUGUCGAAAAGGUCAAGCCUUACUAUUUAUCCCUGAUUAACAAGUACUUCCCAGCAAAGCUAAAAUGGUGA